AGCAUUGUUCAUUUUUAUAAAACAGCAGCAACAUUACUUGCUCUCGCAUACUUUAAACCACUAAGUCCAUCAGUGCAUUGUAAGGUAUAAUUUUAAAUCUAUUAUAUUCUACAAUCUGAAAGACAACCUAUGUUCAAAUUGUGAAAGUAGAUAUAACGCACGCAAAAGUUGACUGGAUCGUCAGUCAAUGUAGACACAGGGAUCAAUAUCACUGUUAUUCCACAGUGUUUACCUGGCUCUGAACGAGCUCCGUCUAGAAUAAGAGAGCAAGAUAAUGGUGUAGUAACAGUUUAUUGUUGAUGGAUUUAUAAGUUACAUUAUGGAGCUGAUUGAUAGCACUAAUGAUAUUUGUUGGGAUACUACAAUAAUAACUGACCAGUAAUGGACGGAGAAUGGCGACAUCUUUCACCGUACAACGCUCUGGCCGAGAACAUUGGAAGUUAAUACAGAUAACAGUGUUUUUAAACUAUAUUUGCAUAUUACAUGGCACAGCUGUGACGCAAUCAGUACGAUCAGCCACGAUACCGGGGAGAUUUCUUUUUGGCGGUCUUUUUCCUGUUCACCAAAAAGGUGUAGACGGAACGUGUGGUGCGAUUAACCCUGACCGUGGUAUUCAGAGGUUAGAAGCCAUGCUCUUUACUUUGGAUGAAAUAAAUCUAGAUCAAAAGAUUCUUCCUGGAAUACGAAUCGGAACCGAAAUAUUUGACACGUGUGCUAGGGAAACUAUUGCAUUGGAUAGAUCUUUAGAGUUUAUACGCGGCACGUUUACAUCUCUUGAUGCUUCCGACUUCCGGUGUGAAGAUGGGUCCCUAGCAAAGGCAAAUAAAACACCUAAAGCUAUAGCAGGUGUUAUUGGCGGCUCGUAUAGCUCUGUUUCUGAGCAAGUUGCAAAUCUUUUACGAUUGUUUAAAAUCCCCCAAAUAAGUUACGCAUCCACCAGUGCGAGAUUAAGUGAUAAAAAGCGUUAUGACUAUUUCAUUAGAACAGUCCCGCCUGAUAAUUUUCAAGCCAAGGCUAUGGUUGACAUUGUGUCAAAGUUCAACUGGACAUAUGUUUCCACAGUGGCAUCGGAAGGAGAAUAUGGGGUUUCCGGUAUUGAAGCAUUUGUAGAGGAAGCUAAUGCGAGGAAUAUUUGCAUUUCAGAGUCAAUCAAAAUAAAUUCCAAUGCUAAUAAGAACUCGUACAUUGACGCGGUACAAAAAUUAGCAGCCUCGCCAGAAAAUGCCAAAGUUAUCAUUUUAUUCCUUAGACAGGAAGAUGCAAAAGGUAUUCUUAGAGCUGUUCAUGAGAAAAAUAUGUAUGGUCGGUUUUAUUGGAUAGCCGCUGACGGUUGGGGUCAGCAAACGGCUGCUGUGGCAGACCACGAAAGAGCAGCUGAAGGAGCAUUGACUUUAGAAUUACAAUCUACUUUUCUACCCGAAUUCGACAAGUACUUUUUUAAAUUGAACCCACAAGACAAUAAAAGAAACCCUUGGUUUAGAGAAUACUGGGCAAAGGUUCAUAAGUGCAGUUGGCCUAAUGUUACCCAUCCUAUUACAAAUCCGUUGGCCAAGUUUUGUACUGGAAAAGAACGAUUGUCACUUUCUGUAUAUAAACAGGAGAGUAAAGUCCAGUUCAUUUAUAAUGCAGUGUAUGCAUUAGCUAUCGCCUUGCAUAACAUGCAUGCGAAUGUCUGUGGAAAUAGGACGGGGAAAGCAGAGUUGUGUGCUGAAAUGACCAAGCUGAAUGGAGAGACACUAUUAAAGUCAUAUUUGUUAAACACAUCCUUUACAGAUAAAUACGGUGCACUGGUAAAAUUUAACGAGAAAGGUGAUGCUUUAGGAAGAUACAAUAUCAUGAAUUAUCAACUUAAUCGAAAUACACGGUUAUAUGAGUACGUGGCAGUUGGAAACUGGUCCACUUCUUUGGAGCUAGAGACAGAAAAGAUCGUCUGGGCUGGAGGAACAAAAGAUAUCCCAUCUUCAAGGUGCAGCAGGCCAUGUGAAUUCGACGAAUAUAAGCAUGUUGGGAAAAAUGGAAAUGCGAAUCAGUGUUGUUGGAUGUGCAUUAAGUGUAAAGAAUAUCAAUAUUUAAAAGAUGAGUUUACUUGUGAGGAGUGUGGCUACGGUAAAUGGCCGGAUCUGGAUAAAAAGGGUUGCCAUUCUCUUGCUGAGAAAUACAUGCAAUGGAAUACAAUAUACGCUAUAAUCCCCAUCGUUUUAGCAUGUGUAGGGCUAUUUUCGACAUGUACCGUUAUAGUCACGUUUUUCAAUUUUAGAGACACACCCAUUGUGAUGGCGUCGGGACGUGAACUUAGUUAUAUGUUGUUGUCAGGGUGUAUUUUGUGUUAUUUGAUAACAUUCGUGCUGAUAGCCAAGCCUUCCACCUUUAUAUGUGGAAUUCAAAGAUUCGGUGUUGGUUUUGGGUUUUCUGUGAUGUAUUCAUCGCUACUGACGAAAACAAACCGAAUUUCUAGAAUUUUUGAUAGUGCUAGACGGUCUGCACGGAGACCGCCAUUUAUAAGUCCAAAAUCACAAAUUGUGAUAGCUAGUAUUCUCAUAUUUAUACAAGUAUUAUUCACUGCUAUCUGGUUAGUAUUAGAAAGACCAGGAACCAGAUUGUAUACUCCAAAUGAGCGAAGGGAUGAGGUUAUUCUUAAGUGUAGGACAGACGAUAUAUCAUUCCUCAUGUCAUUAGUGUAUAACAUGCUACUCAUUAUCAUAUGUACAUACUUUGCAAUAAAAACUAGAAAAAUUCCGGAGAAUUUCAACGAAUCCAAGUUCAUUGGAUUUGCCAUGUACACUACAUGUAUAAUUUGGUUAGCAUUCAUUCCGAUAUAUUUUGGAACUUUAAAUUCAUUCCAGAUCCAGAUAACAACAUUAAGUGUGUCAAUUAGUCUGAGCGCAACAGUCAUUCUAGUGUGUUUGUUUACGCCAAAAAUGUACAUUAUAGUCUUCCAUCCUGCCAAAAAUGUUCGAAAACUAACUAUGAAUUCUACUAGUACAAAGAAACCACAGUUAACCAGUAGUUCUGUAUUGAACAGUAACAAUUACGAUGGCGGUGCUGGGGAACGUAUAAAAUUAAGUGUAAAUUAUGAUGAAAGAUUUGGUGUGACUACAACAGAGAAAGAAGGAGAGACAGAAAAUCUUGAUAUGUUAUAGAAGCAGGAUGUGGAUAUUUCUAACAAGACAAAUAGAUGAUGGACACUCAAAAAAAUUCUUAUUAAAAGCUAGGUCUGAAAACCUUAAAGGAAAUUAGAAUAACGCUCAUUCUAGGUCAUUUGGUCUCUGGAAGAAAGUUUUCACACUGAUAUUUUAAAUUGUAAAAAAAAAGAAAUCUUAUAGAAGAUGUGUUACUCAAAUUGAUCAAUGUGUCUUUUUUUGUACCAGUAACCAUGUAUUUUUGGUACUUUAAUUUUGAAAUAUCUCGAUUGCAUGAAUAAACAAAACAAACCGCAAUUAGAAGUUUAAUUCAGCGUUUUCCGUUUAAGAGAGACAGGUAGAUUUACAUCGAACUCAUUUUUUUUCUAGAGAUAACAAAAAAAAAAAGAGCAAAUGGUAAACAUAUUAUUCUAAAUUGAUCUUUUUCAAAGCUUUUGCUUCGCAGGAUUCAGUUUUGUCCAAUAACAUCAAUGCCCAAUGCCUUUUUAAUCUCCCUUGUAUCGAUUGUAAAGAAGUGACAACUGUGUCAUUAUGUCUGCAUGAAGUGUUUAAACUGUUUUUUUAUUAUUGAAAAAGGCGUUUGCCAAAAAUUGGUGCAAGCAGAGUAUCCUGUUGUGGGUUAUUAAAAAUAUAGGACAGGAUAAGUAAAUCUCUUGGUUUCACAUAAGAUCUUUGGUACUAGGAUUAAACUGUUUUUUUCGUCUGUAUGAAAUAAAAUGGGAACACAUUUUCUUAAGUUGAAAAAAACACAUCCAACUUGUAAACUGUUGUUAUUUAGAAUUCUUCUCUCAUUACUCAUUUAUGCAUAUAGAGCUCGAAAUGGUUUCAAUAUAACUAUCAAUGGUUAACCCCAAGGACAAUUAAUCUUUGAUCGAAAAGCGUUUCAAAACUGUAUAAAAAUGAUUUAAUCAAAGAUUAUUAUGUCCCCA